AUGUGGGCACAGCUUAUGAGGAGGACGCUGCUCAGUCUGAUCCUCAGACUCCUGUUCCUGAACCCAGUGGCCGCGGGCAACUGCUCAGGUGAUGGCCAGCAGCUCCUCCAGCAGCUCCAGCAUCAGGCAGACCUCAUGCAAGACACCGGCACGCUCCUGGACCUCUAUAUCCGCAUCCAAGGCCUUGAUGUGUCUGGAUUGAAAGAGCACUGCCAAGAGCGCCCCGGGGUCUUUCCUAGAGAGGACGUCCUUCAGAAGCUCAGCAGGAGGGACUUCCUGCAGACCCUCAACACGGAGCUUGGCCGGGUCUUACACAGACUGGCCAUUCUCCAGCAGGACCUCCCCAAAGUCCUGGAAUUGGAGGUGGCGAAGAUGUAUAUGCAUGGGGUCAGGAACAACAUCCACUGCAUGGCCCAAUUGCUGCGAGGCUCCCCGAAGACUGAUGAACCCACUCUGGCAAACCAGGGGACCUCGCCACCACCCACCCCUGCCUCAGACGCCUUUCAGCGCAAAUUGGAGGGUUGCCGGUUCCUGCGUGGCUACCACCGCUUCAUGCACUCAGUGGGACGGGUCUUUCGCAAGUGGCGGGAGACCCCGAGCCGGAGGAGCCGGAGACACAGCCCCCGACGGGUCCUGCAGAAGGAGGUUCACAGGAUGCAACCCUCCAUGAGAGGCAAGAGACUCGUGCCCAGGGGGCAGCUGCCCCGGUAG